AUGCAGCAGGCUCUGGAAAGAGCUUUGGAUCGUGCGGAGUAUGUCAUUGCGAGUGCCCGACAGAGACCUCCGGAAAGGAAAUACCCCUCUACUGGGGAGAAGUCUCUCUAUGAUAAACUUUAUGACAUUUAUGUUGGAGAGUGUGAAAAAGAGCCUGAGGUUACGGAGGGAUUAACAAGCAACGUGAACCUGUUGGAGAAGCUUCUUAGGAGAGAGUCGUUGCCGUGCUUGGUGGUCAACCUGUACCCAGGAAAGGAGGGCUAUUCGCUGAUGCUCAAAGGGGAAAAUGGGUCCUCUUCGGAGAGCAUCCGACUGCCCUAUGAAGAAAGGGAAUUGCUCGAAUACUUGGAUGCAGAAGAAUUACCUCCUGUUUUAGUGAAUCUCCUGGAAGAGUCUCAGGUUAACGUUUUUCAUCGCGGGUGUGUCAUAGCAGAAAUACGGGACUACAGGCAGUCCAGCGACAGGGAACCUCCCCAUUACCAAAGCAGGCAUAUUCUCUUACGUCCCACGAUGCAGACUUUAGCCUGCGAUGUAGAGGCCAUAGCCAGCGAUAAUCAUAAUUGGACCCAGGAGGACAAACUUUUGCUUGAGAGCCAACUGAUCUUAGCUACAGCUGAACCACUGUGUCUAGACCCUUGUGUAUCAGUAGUGUGCACUGAAAACAGACUGCUCUAUAACAGACAAAAGCUGAACACUCUUCCCAUGAAAAGGAGCUUCAAGAGGUAUUCUAUGGCCUCUCUGAAUAGGCAGCAGGAGCCGUCUUGUCCACCUCCUCCUGAGCUAAGAGACCCGACUUCCUGCAAAAAAUUAAGAGAAAGUAAAACCGGUGGGGAUUACGGCCUCAAAACUUUUAAAGCAGGAAGUUGUGUAGAUACGUGGAAACAGAGACCCUGUGACUCGGCCGUACCUUCUCAAGUGGACGUGGAGAAACAUGCUAAAGGGAAGAAGUCUGUCGGAUAUGAUGAUUCACAACCAACAGCCUGGCCAGUGCAUGAGGCACAAGGUGGUCUUGCAUGUGGAUGUGAGGCUGGCUACCAGUCGCAGGCAACAAGGCUGACCGUCAGGCAGCUGACUGAUAAUUCACUUGCCUCUGGAAAAGGGUCCGGUACAGAAGCCACGUGGGAGAGACAGCUGUCUCGCCCCCACUCCUCCGCAGUUGACCAUUCCUACAGUUUACUGCCCGGGACAAAGACUGAUGCUGGGAGAGUGGUCAUGGUCAGUCGGCCCGAGGAGUCGGUCCAGAAGAGUACCCAGUGUCCGGCGCAGAUGUCACACGGCUCCAGUGGCUCAGCCGGUCUCAGGCAACCUUCUCCAGGGAAAGAACCAGAGCAGCCUAAGACUGGGUGGGUUCAGUCUUCAGUGCCCGGCAGAGGAGCCACACAUCCACCUCCACCCAUGAGACUUUCUUGGCGCUCAGGAAGGAGCUCCUGGGGUGACAGUCUCACUUCACAGCAGGCGGGCAGCUCUCAGGCACGUCCAUCUCCUGGCCCUGCUCCUAAGCCACCAGGUCUUUCCCAGAAAUCCUCUGUGGAGCUGAGCCCAGUUAGCACACUUCCUGCCACCGCCCUGUCCACUGUGGGCUCAUCACGGAUAACCCCGGGCGCCCGGGUCACGGUCAUCUCCGUUGGCCUGAAGGGCGCCGCCGUUCCCAACACGGUCGUGCGUGCCCAGCAAGCUGUUCACCUCAGUGCCGUGGACGGUCUCCUGCAGCCCCGGGCGCUCGUGUUGUCCCCGCCGGGCUCUGGCCGGAGUCGCCCCGGCCUGAGCCCCCCGCAGCAGAGCGGCUGGGCCUGGGCGGCCCCGCGGCCGCAGGUGCGCAUGACCCUGUACGUGUCCCGCCGCACCACCCACUCGGGCCCGCAGCCCAGCAGCCAGGCCACGGGGACCGCGGAUAGAGGCCCGCCAGGUGCUCCCAAGCCCUGA